ACCUUGGAGAGUGCUCGGGAAAUGAAUGAGAAGCCCGAUUGGAGGCUAGAAGGUUUAUGGGUUAGACUUGUUGAAAAGUGGACCACUGAGAAAUUUCAAAAGCCGAGCAUCCAACCAAAGGCACCAAGGACUCAUCAAAGGAUAUUGGAAAAGAAAAAAGGGAGAACUAUGGGUCAUGAUGAAGCUUCAAUAUUGUCAAAGAAGAUUGGUGAAGUAAAGAAACGUAAAGCACGUGGUCUUGGAUCCGACCAUUGCACAGGUUGUAUCAUGUACGGGUUUAUUGCUGCUUCUUUAGAUUCUUCGCAGAAUCAGGAAGAGAUAGAUUCAGAAAUAGAUUCAUUGCGAAUACAAGUACAAGAAUUGUUGAAAAAGCAAAAAGCAGACCGUUCAAGACUUGAUGGACUGGAGAAUCUAGUGGUUCAGCUCAUAGAUAAUUGCCGAUCUGAAGAGUCUGACGAUGAUAAGUCUGAUGGAGAGAAUUAGUUUGUUGUGCUUGUGAUGUUGGAACAUUUACUUGUUUGAUUUCGUUGGAUAUUACCUGAAUGGUGUCUGAAUGUGUAGACUUGCUUUUGGAUGUUACUUAAAUAGUGUUUGGAUGUUUUA